AUGCAUUUUCCAGUGAGGUCUCCGACAUUAGAAGAAGAAGGCAAGUGCUGUGAUGAAAGCUUAGGAAAGUUCUGUAGUCAGGUUCUCAAUGCAAUGAAUUAUGAUGAUGUGCAUGUGAACUUCACUGCAGAAGAGUGGAGUUUGCUGGAUUCUUCCCAGAAGAAUCGCUACAAAGAUGUGAUGCUAGAGACCUACUGGAACCUCACUGCUAUAGGCUAUAAUUUGAAAGAUCAUCAUAUUGAAGAACAAAAUCAAACUUCUAGAAGUCACAAAAGGCAUGAAAGA